CAGAUCAAGUCACCCAGUGAGAAGGCAGGAGACGCCUGCACCUUCAGGCAAAGACGCUUCUCCAAAUCAAUUGGGGAGGGGGAAAAAAGGAGCUAGAAAAUGAGUUAUGAAUAUCACGACAUACUCAACACAUUCAGCACCCCCGGAUAUGACUACAAUUACAGUGACAAUUACAAUGAUGCUCCAAAGCCUUGCGGUAAAGAAGGUGUUCGGCACUUUGGCUCAGUGUUCCUGCCCAUUCUGUAUACUUUGGUGUUCCUGUCUGGCUUGGUGGGGAACUCUCUGGUUAUUGUGGUCCUGUUCAAAUACAAGAGACUGAAGAGUAUGAGUGAUGUUUACCUGCUCAACCUUGCAAUCUCAGACUUGCUCUUCGUGUUCUCCCUUCCCUUCUGGUCCUAUUAUGCAGUGGACCAAUGGAUUUUUGGGGGCAGUUGGUGUAAAAUUAUUUCUUGGAUCUAUCUGGUUGGCUUUUACAGUGGCAUCUUUUUUAUUAUGCUCAUGAGCAUAGACAGAUACCUGGCCAUAGUUCAUGCUAUUUUUGCCUUGAGAGCAAGGACUGUUACCUAUGGCAUUCUUACCAGUGCUAUUGUAUGGGUAGUAGCCAUUUUAGCCUCAAUUCCAGAACUGAUAUUUAAUGACUCUGUAAAUGAACAUAACUAUACUACCUGCAAACCAAAGUACCUUGCCAACUCUGUAACCUGGAAACUUUUCUCGUCUUUGGAAAUCAACCUACUAGGGCUCUUGGUCCCCUUAAUAGUUAUGGGCUUUUGUUAUUCGAUGAUAAUUGGGACUUUACAGCGUUGUAGAAAUGAGAAAAAGAAUAAGGCCGUGAAGAUGAUCUUUACUGUUAUGGUUGUGUUUUUUAUCUUUUGGACCCCUUUCAACAUUGUGCUUCUCUUACAGUCACUAGUAGACAUAGGUGUUAUUACAGGGUGUCAAAUCAGCACUAAUUUGGAUUAUGCAAUGCAAGUGACUGAAACCUUAAGCUUUUUCCAUUGCUGUGUCAAUCCAGUUAUAUAUUUCUUUAUGGGAGAAAAAUUCAAGAAGUACAUUCACCUGCUUUUUAAGAGCUGGUCCUUAACUGGAAAGCUUUGUAAACGCUGUGGAUUUCACAUUACUUACCACACCGAGUCUUCCAGUUCGUUCCACACACAAUCUACUGGCGAUCAAGAUGCUCUGUAAGAUACGUCAGACCCACUACCACACUUAUGGUAGGCCAGCUCCCACAGGUACAAGAAAACA